AUGCUAAACUUCUUGUUAACACAUAGAUUUGCACAGAUCCAUCCUACUUUGGUCCCAAAUAGUGACGAGGUUAAGAUUGAUAAUGUCACAUAUUUGAUUACAGACCUUGGAGGAGAUAAGAUUUCUCGCAAGAAAUGGAGAGAAUACUUUGAUAUUAUUGAUGGAAUCAUAUUCAUGAUUGAUGCUUCAGAUGCCCAACGUAUAUAAGAUGCCAAGCAUGAAAUUGACUUAUUAAGAGAAGUGGAAAAAUUGCAGCAUAUUCCUAUAGCUAUUUUGGGGAAUAAAGAAGAUAAGUCUAACUGUUUAAAUGAGAAUGAGCUUAGAGAAUAACUUGGGUUAACAAGAGAUAAGACAUAUGGAAAUGAUCAUAAUGAAAUUGCUGAAGACGAUAAUUGA